AUGUACCGGACCUAGUGUGCGGCGGAGCACUGUAACCGGGUAGUGGGACCAUUGUAGUUGAGGCCCGUUGUAGCUAUCUUUAGUCCAGUGCGCAGUCGUGCACGCAUCACAUCUAGAAUUUGAGCUCACUUUGUCUAAGUUUUGAUAUCCUGAGGGAUUCGUUAGGUGAAAAUCGAGACGCAUUACCUAGAACUGCUUACGUUGUAGCAGGGACACAAGCAGACCAAGCCAAGAAAAAUAAAAUUUUUGUCAUCAAGAAUGAGCAAUCCACCAGCAGCUAACAACCAGCAGCUAGCUCCCGGCCAUGGGACCUCGCCUCUCCGCGUAAUUAACUAUCCGCUGACGCCCAUCUUCAAUCAGACAAGCCCGGGCCCCAGCCAGCUGCCGCCCGUCCGCCAGACGUUGCGCCUGGAAGGAAUGGAUUUUUGGAAGAAUCACUUGCUAUAUGCGUUUGAGGCUGCGUGUGCCGGCAAAUCGAUGGAAGACAUCGCGGUGAUCGCCACAGCGGCAGCUGCGACCGUGGCCAGAGAGGCGAGGAAUGAGGCGCUGGAUGUCACGGAAGAAGGUAAGGAAAAAGCCAAGAAGCCACCUCAUGAACUUUACGUACCUUGAAGGCAUGGCAACGAAAAGCCAGCGAGAGAAUCAUCCGUGACACAUGAUGAUAGAAACUAGUCACUUCGCUGAGAGGGCAAGGAUCACAGAUACGUCACAGCCGCAGUGCGUCGGCAAUGCUACAUCAUUGAAGGAUUAAUUUAAAAGCUUUGAACGUAAUGAGCUUUUUGGCACACAUAGUGUGACCAACAUGUUUUUGAGCGAGUCCACCCGGCAGGAUUUGAUGCUUUAAUCGAAAACACUGACCACCGGUUAGAGCCAGCAUCAUCACAGGAGAACCAUUUUUAAGCCAAUGCGGUCAAUUAUCUAGGCUGCGGUUAGCUUUCCAUUCCGAGAAAAUAACAUCCUGUCAUUGCAUUUUGAAUCCAAUACCAUGUUCCGUGAGAACUAAACUCUGCUUUAACUAAACUUGUAUUGAAGAGGAACGUACUACUAAGCUCGCAAAUACUUUGCAUAUAGUUCCUAUAUUUAUUUUAUUCAUUUUCCUACAGUCCCAUUGAGCGUAAAUACGUCCAUUUUACAUUCUGUAUUCUAAAAAGCUUUAGAUUCAUCUGAUUUUCUUUUUUUUCUAUAACCAAAAUUUUCUUGUGGAGAAUAUUCAAUGGAGGUGCUAAUGCCUCUUGGUUCAAGGAAGAAAGUGUCCUGGUGAUGAAAAUGAUAAUGCC